GAGUUUUGCCUUCGUUCGCAGCCCCUUCGCACCUUCGGUCUUUACGCCGCCGUAUCUAAAUCCAUAUAUUCGACAUGCGCUGCUCCACCGUCCUUGUCGCCCUCGCUGCUGCUGCCGUUGCUUCCGCGACGACGCUCCACUCCUUCGCGGCCCGUCAGAGCAUUCCGAACUGCGCGGUCCCGUGCUUGACCUCCGCGCCCAUGGGCAGCUGCAGCCAGACGGACGACACCUGCCUCUGCCACAACAGCGACUUUAUCAACGGCGCGACCAGCUGCAUCGAGAGCUCGUGCUCUGGCGAUGACCUCAAGAACGCCGAAGCUGCCGCUCAGGCCCUCUGCGCCGCCGUCGGUGUUACUCUGACCGCGACCCCUACCGCGUCCAGUUCCUCCGGUGCUUCCACCGCUACCUCCCCCGCGAGCUCUGUGACCACGGCAUCCGGUAGCAGCACCGCAUCUUUGACUUCUGGCAGUCCCUCGUCGACCUCCACCAGCGGCGCGUCUGCCAACGGCAUUCCUGCACUUGCAGGUCUUGCUGCCUUGGGUUUGGCUGCCCUUGCCCUCUAAUCGGGUUGACCAUCACCCUCCUCCCAAAAUAUUGGUCCAUUAUCUGGAGGGACGGGUGCGCUUGCGCAUAUACGCUUGCCUUAGUUGAACUACACAUUUCGAUCGCACGCAUUGCUCUCCGUAUAUUGCUAUCUAUAUAUUUUAUCGUCUACACGUGUAGCUUGGCCAUCGGUGUUCGUUGUCCAAUUGUAUCAAACCGACUCCUCCACACCUUGGCCGCGAGCGUAAGCGCCAGGCGCGGUUCCGCAAGGAUCUAUGGCAUAGGAUGUGGUAUUUCCACCGAGGUCCCCCAACCAAUGCCCUUCUCGACAUGAGAUGCUGCCUGGAAACCGCUUGGCUGUGAAUUCCGCUUCCGUCCGCAUUCGUCUACCCAAUUUUGUGAGGGGGACCAGCUUCAUGGCAGAAAACCGACCCCGAGUAGCCCGCGGCCGACGUUCACGGACGCGCCCCAAUGGAGAUCCCGGCACAUCAGUGCGGAGAGGUGUCGGUGGCGACUACAUAGCACUGUCGCAAGUGUGGGCUUACGAUCCG